CCUCUCGCUGGCGGUCGGCGGGCCCAGGCCACAGCCGAGGGAGCUCCAAUUGGUGGAACCGCCACAGCCCCUCCGCGGAUGGUCCGAAAUGCCGAAGGCCCUCCGGAGCGCCGGUUCUAUCGUGGCGGUGGAAGUCGGCAGCACUGCGAGCGAGAUGGCCACCAUCAUCCAGGAACACCACCCGGCUUCUGUGUACGCCAAGCUGGUUUCGUCGGACUGCCUGAAACAAGACCAACUACCGCUCCCGGUGUGCGUGGUUGUGGUUCCCGUUUCACGGAAGCUGAAGGUUUCGCGGGAGCUAGCGCUGGUGGUCGUUCCCUCCGAGUCAAAUGAGAGGAGUCCGGAGCGCCAACACGGCUGGUGGUCCAAGAUUCUGCGGUGGUUACUCCAUGGAGGUGGGUUGUUCCAGCUGCUGAAGAAUUUGCUCGAAUUUCUGCAGAACGUCCCAAUCUUAAAGUUGCCGAAGGUGCUCCAGCACAAAGAUUGGUCCGAUGUGCUGUUGAAGCUCCAGGAUGGCAAGUGGCUCGAGGCACUUAAGACUUUCGUAAACAUUACGUUGAACCAGCUGGGAACGAAGUUCUGGGAGAGCAUCAUAAAGAGGUUCAAGUUGAUACCCGUCGAAUUGUCCAAGAAGCUGCUGGAGGUGCUCACGCAUAACGGGUGGUCCAAUGUGCUGGAUAGGCUUUUGAAAAACCACUGGUUCGAGGCGCUUUCGGUUUUCGGAGAAAGUGGGUUAGCCAGGCAGCUGUACGAGUUGCUCACGGACAACAUGUGGUCCAGCGUGUUGAAAAAGUUACUGGAGAUGGUCUCAUCCAGCAAUUUGUCCGAGCAGCUGCUGCCGGUGCUCCGACAACUACUGAAGGUGCUCCGACACAGCUCGUGGCUCGUGAUGCUGGGGAUGGUCCUGGCGUACCUCUUCUGGAGCCUCGUUCGAAACAGAAAACAGAUCACCGCUAACAAUGAUUCAAAGUACUCUUCCAUCGUUGAGAAGAAAAUUGAUUUAGACGAAAGAAUUCGUUUCAUGAAAACGGUGUAUGUUAUUACAUCGGAGACAUCGGAGAGGACAUAUUUUGUGGCUUUACUCUCUCACUUAUCACUGGUGAUUGUGCUGGAUGCACCCGAUAUUUCAAAACAGGAACAGCAACAGGAACAGCAACAGCCAGCAUUGGCAGCAGCAUUUGUAGACAGCAGCAACAGCAACAGCAGCUGCUGCAUAUUUUAGAUGAAAACGGUGUAGCUUAUCGCAAUUGAUACAUCGGAGAGGAGGAAUUUUGGCAAAUACAAAAAGAGACCAACACGUAAUCAUGCUGAAUGCGCCACGAUUACGUUGCAUUUCCAUCCGAACACCAGAGAUAGAGACAGCGGACGGCAUCAAUAAUUAUUGUUCAGCAAUGUUGAACAGCUGUCGAGAAGCCAAUGAUAGCAAUGUAAGACUACGUAUGAAUAACAUUUUUAUCGCGAC